AGCAUUUUGCAUUGCGUAUUCUUAGCACUUAGCACUAAUCCUCUGAAAGUUUGGCUCCACCCACAAACCCCUGACCGAAACUUCAAGGGAGGAGUCUAGUCAGUUUCCAACCACCAAUUGCAGUGCUCUAAGCUCAAAGUGCAAAAUCAAAGCAGAAGCGCCUGCGUAAGUCAACAACGUUUCCGCCAUUCUUUGAAACAAUUCCAGAUCCUUUGGAGCGUGUGUCCAAAAUUUAGUUUCUUUUCGCUGCUCCCCAAAUAAGUCGCAAAAUUGUGCUCCAAGGCAGCCACUUCUUAAUCGGAUAAUUUCACUGAAUCCAUUUCUCGACUGCGUUGCGAUGGCCAGUUCAAGUGGAGAACCUGCUGAUGAAGUGGCUAAUAAGCGUCCUCGUCUGGUGGGCAACCCCAAGGCCCCCAAAAUAGUUGAGCCCCCACCGCCCAGUCGCCCGGUCGCCAACCGGGUGCCCAAGUGCGCCCGCUGCCGAAACCAUGGGAUCAUUUCAGAGCUACGGGGUCACAAGAAGCUCUGCACCUACAAGAACUGCAAGUGCGCCAAGUGUGUCCUGAUCUUUGAGAGGCAACGCAUCAUGGCCGCGCAGGUUGCCCUGAAGCGUCAGCAGGCGGUGGAGGAUGCGAUUGCCAUGCGGCUGGUGGCCAACAAAACGGGUCGUUCCAUCGAUGCACUGCCGCCAGGCAACAUAUUCGGUCUGACCGUGACGCAACCCAGCUCACCGCGCUCCAAGCGGGAGGAUGACCACGCGGAGAAGCCUCUGUCAGAGGAGCAGCAGCAGCAGCAGCUGAAGCAGAAGGAGGAGAAGGAGGAGUACUGCGGAUCGCCGGCGGUGGCCCAGGACCUCAGUGCUCCCCGACGGGAUAACGUCUCCCAAACGGCCAUUGACAUGCUGGUCCAGCUCUUUCCCCAGCGCAAGCGAUCUGUCCUGGAGCUGGUGCUCAAGCGCUGCGAUCUCGACCUGAUCCGGGCCAUCGAGAAUGUCUCGCCCACCGGCAAGUCCUCGCCAGUGGACGUCACUACCCACCAGGUGCCCAGCCAGGAGUCGGGCAUGCUGCCCGCUGUGCCACAGCCCACGCCCCCCAGGAGCAGCGCCUUCAGGCCUGUGAUAACAGAUCAGUACCAGAGCAAAUCGGUGGUCGAGCUGAAGCCGCCGGUCUUCGGAAGCAGUGCAUCGGCGGCGGCAGCGGCCAUUUGUGCGUAUCCCAAGUGGUUUGUGCCGCUUUCCUUUCCGGUGACCAUGGGCCACCUCUCCAACCUGGCGCCCCGAUGCACCUUGCCCAACUGCGCCUGUCUGGACAGCUACCAGUUCCACUAGGAGCCCACCCAUCAAGUACUAUACUAUUAUAACUCGUCAACUAUAACUUUAAUGCAAUAAAUUUAUUUAACCUAA